AACAGUAUCUGUCAGUGAUAGUAUAGUAGGAUGGCAUUAAGGUUAUGUUUAUUAGUACACGUGAGAAACUAAAAAGUAUUAUUUAAAAUAUCAACCCAAUUAUUAAUGUAACAAAUAAAAUAUGUUAAAACCUAAAUUAUUGGGAGAUGACCUCCCUGGUUUCGAGGUACCAUCCGAAGAAAAAACUACUGAAAAUGAGGCGAAAAGUGCAAAGAAGAAAAACAAAGGAUCUGGUGGUUUUCAAUCCAUGGGAUUUAGUUUUCCAGUUCUCAAAGGAAUUACCAAAAGAGGUUACAAACAGCCGACACCAAUUCAACGAAAGACCAUACCGCUAGCAUUGCAAGGUAAAGAUGUCGUCGCCAUGGCGCGCACAGGCUCUGGAAAAACAGCCUGUUUUGUGUUGCCAAUAUUGGAGAAACUUACUUCUCCAACGAGCAAGCCUAUGCCGGGGAAAAACUUCAGAGCUCUCAUCUUGUCCCCCACUAGAGAGUUAGCAUUACAGACAUUAAAGUUUGUGCGAGAACUGGGCAAGUUCACCGGUCUAUCAUCAGCGGCUAUCCUGGGCGGGGAGUCCAUAGAACAGCAAUUCAGUGUCAUGUCUGGUACAGCUCCAGAUAUUGUAGUUGCUACACCCGGGAGAUUCCUACACAUUUGCAUUGAGAUGAGCCUCAAAUUGGACCACAUCAAUACAAUUGUGUUUGAUGAAGCAGAUCGCCUGUUUGAACUUGGUUUCGGCGAGCAACUGAGUGAAAUAGUCGCCAGGCUGCCUUCUAGUCGUCAAACAUUACUGUUCUCAGCUACUCUGCCCAAAAUGUUGGUGGAAUUCGCCAGAGCCGGUCUAUCGGAUCCCAUGCUGAUACGUCUGGAUGUGGAUUGGAAGCUCCCAUCUACUCUAUGGCUCGGCUGGAUCUCUGUCAGAGCUGAGCUGAAGACUGCUGCAUUACUUCUCCUGUUGGACAAAGUAUUGACACCGCAGACUCCGCAGGCUGUUGUUUUUGCUGCCACUAAACAUCAUGUUGAAUAUUUAAAUCUGAUACUACAAAAAGCCGGUAUAUCAUCAACAUACGCGUAUUCCGGCCUAGAUUCCUCGGCCCGUAAAAUUGCCCUAGGGAGAUUCAUCAACAAGAAAUGCUCAGUACUACUAGUUACCGAUGUGGCGGCAAGAGGAUUAGACUUACCGGCUUUGGAUACAGUUAUCAAUUACAACUUUCCGGCUACGCCAAAACUGUUCGUUCAUAGAGUUGGUCGCAGCGCGCGCGCGGGCAGAGCGGGACGGGCGUGGUCGCUGGUGGCGGCGGACGACGCGGCGCACCUGCUCGACCUGCAGCUGUUCCUGGGCGCGGCGCUGCGGAGCCCCGCGCCCGCGGACUGCGGGCCCGCGUGCCCCUCGGGCGUGUGGGGCGCGAUGCCCACCGCCGCUUUGGAACUGAGGCACCAGGAUGUCGUCGCUUGGGAGAAGAAUUUCUCUGAAGUGGAGGAAGCAGCCCGCACCUGCUCCCGCGGCUGGCAGCAGUACUUAAAGUGGCGCGAACCCGCGUCCGCCGAGGGCAACAGGCGAGCCAAGCUAACAUCUACACCGGUGCUCACUCACCCCUUCCUCGUGGACGAUGGCCAGAAUGCAGCCAAUGAGCUGGUCGAGAAGAUCAAGAACUAUACGCCUAAAGGGACAAUUUUAGAGCUAUCCACUAAGAACGACUCGCCGCAGUACAUCGCGAUGAAAGCGAAGAAAAAACUGCACGGCAAAAUGGUGCAGAAGACUAGGGACAAUAAGAAAUUAAUGGCUGAAGGAUUGUUAGUAGACGGUCUAUUAGAUUCGAAUAAAAACUCAAAGAAAACGAAAGAAGUGGUCCGAGAUGAGAAUUACAUUCCCCACCAGGCGAGCGACCAACACACUGAAGCUGGCAUGGCGGUGAACUUCAACUCUGGCGCAUCGUCGGCGGAGCUGAGCCUGGCGGCCGACAGCGGCGAGGCUGCGCGCGCGCACCACAACCAGCUGCGCUGGGACCGCAAGCGGAAGAAGAUGGUGCAUGUUGAUCCUGACGGCGGUCGCAAGAUGAUACGUACGGAAAGCGGCGGUCGCGUGCCGGCGACGUACAAGAGCGGGCGAUACAACGAGUGGCGGAAACGGAAUGCCGCGCCGCAACGCGAUGACGGUGAUGAUGAUGAUGACGCAGGACAUGCAGCGGACGCUGGCAGGAAGAAACCAGUGUCGGAAUUCCGUCCACACUGGGUGAAGCACAACGAGCGAUUGGCCAAGAAGAAGGCGGAAGCUUCCUCGAAGGAGUUCAAAAACAAACAGCAAAUCGUCAAGGAGCGCUUGCGCAAGGAGAAACUCAAACAACGGCUCAAGUUCAAAUCCAAAUCUAAGAAUAAUAAGAAGAAAAGGAAAUAAUAAAGUAUAUUGUUUA